GGUAGAGACCAAGAUAUUUAUAGUCAGCUGGGAACAAACCUAAUAGAAUAAGAAGUUUGCAGAUCUGUCCAUCUGCAAAUCCAGAGAGGGCGGGUCUGGGGAGUGGGCUCUCGUUCCUCUCCAACCUAUCGGGAACUCCUCUCCUUGGAUCUGAAGGGGAGUUAGACGCAAAGAGCUUUCCGCAGUGAACACCAUGCCUGGACUAGGCUCUGGCUGAUCCUACAGAAUAGACUCAGGAGCCCCGGGAGGGCUAGGGUGCUGCAGGGGGUUGGGAGCGCGCUGCACAGAGGCUCUGCACAGCGGAGGCAGUGGCGACGAGGGCGCGGCGGAGGUGCAGGUGUGCCCUAGGGAGAGCGCCUGCCUUGGUUGGGAUUACCAACCGCGUUAGCCUGAGCUGCCCAGACCAACGUUGCUCGGCUGCUGACUGACUCGCUGCGGAUUUUCCACCCAGGUCAUAACCUUCAGGAGAAGGACAAACAUCACAGCCAGUGAGCUGCCAAGCACUGCCCCAACCUUGUCAAAGAGAGCAGCUGGACCCAUUUUUAGUCACUCCCAGCACAAGCGUCUGGGCCACAGAAGGAGAACAAACUGACAUUUGACACUUUCCAAAGACGUUUAACACACACCAGCACAAAAGGCUACUUAAGUUGUCUUUGUAUGAAUUUGGUUGAUUUGAGAAACAAAUUAGAGGUGUUUUGAUUGAAGAAGUCACAUUGGCAUACUCACCAUUUCAAUGAUAUAAUAGAUGAUGGUUAUUGGAACAGCCCAAACAUUUACCACGGAGCAAGAGAUAUAGCUUGAGUGGCUACCAGACAAUCCCAGAACUAAGGAAUGGAUGACUACAGGUAUCGGGACAACUAUGAGGGCUACGCCCCCAAUGAUGGCUACUACCGUAGCAAUGAGCAGAACCCAGAAGAAGAUGCACAGAGUGAUGUUACAGAAGGUCAUGAUGAAGAGGAUGAGAUCUAUGAGGGCGAGUACCAAGGCAUCCCUCAUCCAGAUGAUGUCAAGUCUAAGCAGACCAAGACGGCGCCCUCCAGAGCAGAUGGCCUUCGGGGCCAGGCAGACCUGAUGGCUGAGAGGAUGGAAGAUGAGGAGCAGCUGGCUCACCAAUAUGAGACCAUCAUUGAUGAGUGUGGCCAUGGGCGCUUCCAGUGGACCCUCUUUUUUGUCUUGGGUUUGGCCUUGAUGGCUGAUGGAGUGGAAGUGUUUGUGGUCAGCUUUGCUCUGCCAAGUGCAGAGAAGGACAUGUGUCUGUCCAGUUCCAAGAAAGGAAUGCUUGGGCUGAUAGUCUACCUAGGAAUGAUGGCAGGAGCCUUCAUACUGGGGGGCCUGGCUGAUAAGCUGGGAAGGAAGAAGGUCCUCAGCAUGUCAUUGGCCAUCAAUGCCUCCUUCGCCUCUAUCUCCUCCUUCGUGCAGGGAUAUGGAGCCUUCCUCUUCUGCAGACUCAUCUCAGGCAUAGGUAUUGGGGGCUCCCUGCCAAUUGUUUUUGCCUACUUUUCUGAGUUCUUAUCACGAGAGAAACGUGGUGAGCAUCUUAGCUGGCUGGGCAUCUUCUGGAUGACUGGGGGCAUCUAUGCAUCUGCCAUGGCCUGGAGCAUCAUUCCACACUAUGGCUGGGGCUUCAGCAUGGGGACCAAUUAUCACUUCCACAGCUGGAGAGUGUUUGUCAUCAUCUGUGCUCUGCCUGCCACUGUGUCCAUGGUGGCCCUGAAGUUCAUGCCAGAAAGCCCCAGGUUCCUGCUGGAGAUGGGCAAACAUGAUGAAGCCUGGAUGAUUCUCAAGCAAGUCCAUGACACAAACAUGAGAGCUAAGGGGACCCCUGAGAAGGUGUUCACGGUUUCCCACAUCAAAACUCCCAAGCAAAUGGAUGAAUUCAUUGAGAUCCAGAGUUCAACAGGAACUUGGUACCAGCGCUGGCUGGUCAGGUUUAUGACCAUUUUCAAACAGGUCUGGGAUAAUGCCUUGUAUUGUGUGAUGGGGCCCUACAGAAUGAACACUCUGAUUCUGGCUGUGGUCUGGUUCACCAUGGCCUUAAGUUACUAUGGCUUGACAGUGUGGUUCCCUGACAUGAUCCGGUACUUCCAGGAUGAAGAGUAUAAGUCUAAAAUGAAGGUAUUCUUUGGGGAGCAUGUGCGUGGUGCCACCAUCAACUUCACCAUGGAAAACCAGAUCCACCAACAUGGGAAGCUCGUGAAUGAUAAGUUCAUAAAGAUGUACUUUAAGCAUGUCCUCUUUGAGGACACUUUCUUUGACAAAUGCUAUUUUGAAGAUGUGACAUCCACAGAUACUUAUUUCAAGAACUGCACCAUCGAAUCAACCACCUUCUACAACACAGACCUCUACAAACACAAGUUCAUUGACUGUCGGUUUAUCAAUUCCACCUUUCUGGGGCAGAAGGAGGGCUGCCACAUGGACUUUGAAGAGGACAAUGAUUUUCUGAUUUACCUAGUGAGCUUCCUCGGCAGCCUGUCUGUCUUGCCUGGGAACAUAAUUUCUGCCCUGCUCAUGGACAGAAUCGGAAGACUCAAGAUGAUUGGUGGCUCCAUGCUCAUCUCUGCAGUCUGCUGCUUCUUCCUGUUUUUUGGCAACAGUGAGUCUGCAAUGAUUGGCUGGCAAUGCCUGUUCUGUGGGACCAGCAUCGCAGCCUGGAAUGCUCUGGAUGUGAUCACAGUGGAGCUGUAUCCCACCAACCAGAGGGCCACGGCCUUUGGCAUCCUCAAUGGACUGUGCAAAUUUGGCGCCAUCCUGGGAAACACUAUCUUCGCUUCUUUUGUUGGGAUAACCAAAGUGGUCCCUAUCCUUCUGGCUGCUGCUUCUCUGGUUGGUGGUGGCCUGAUUGCCCUUCGAUUGCCAGAGACCCGAGAGCAAGUUCUGAUGUGAACAACCCACCCGGAAAAGGCAGAUGGGAAGAACUUUUUCAGGACACUCCAGCACAGUCACACCUCCUGCCUCUCACUGUCCACAGGAUACCACGGACAGCUCAGAAGGAGAAAUGGACUUUGUGAUCCCUAGUUUAGGACCCACUUCAGUUGUUUAUGCAUUUCUUAACUCAGGUGAUUGAUUAGGGGUCGCUCAGAUCAUCCUUAGGAUCCCAGAGCUGUGUGCUUAGCUUCAGGUCUCUUGACUCAAGGCAGGGGGAGGAUGCUCCAGUAAACAAACACAAUAAGCAAGGAGUAUAUGCUUCUCUAAAUGAGGUGCAAAAAAUUAUUUGCAUUUCAUACUGAAGUUAAGGACCAGAAACACUUAAGCUCCGCCUUGUAGCUUCUCGGAGCCCAGUGAUCUAGCAGAUUGCCAUAGCUGGGAGUGGGGUCAACACAUCCUGGGCUCAGAGAACAGACUACAUAUUUGUAGGAUUAUAUUUUCCCUUUGAAAACUGGCACAGUAGUAUUGAAGAUACUCUGAUAAAGAAAAACCCGAUAUUUAAGCAAAAUGUAUAUAGACUGACUUUUCUUCCCAAGCAUCCUGAACUUUGCACAACAAAGAGGUGAUACAUUAAGAAUGAUAUUUAUUAUGGUUUUGCUCUAGUCAGAGAAACUUGAGGAUGGGUAUUAUGUAAACUAAGUUUGUAUAUAAAAGUUUUGAGGUUUCCCCCUCACAAAUGGUAGCUGCUAACAUUGCCAACAUUUUAGUCAUAUUUGGGGAGAACUCUUCAUUCGAGGUCUCAGGAAACUUGGUGCAAAUGGGUGACCUGUUAAGACUAUUUCAAUGCUUGCUGUCAGGAGGACGCACUUGGCAGGCCACAUGCCAUUUCCUUUACCUGGGAACUUUUGUUCAACUUGGUAGGGCAUUUACUUUUCUCUCCUCUGUUGGUCUUUCGUGAAACUCAGGUCCUUAGGUCGUUUGAUGCUGUUUACCCAGAAAGAACAGGAAGACAGUAUUUUUUUAUUUUUAUUUUUUUAAAUGGCUGCUUGCACUCUUUUUUUUUUUCGAGAAAAAAAAAAAAAACCACAGGUAACUGACUAAGGUUGGGGAAAUGUAACCACAGUUCUUCAAAAUGUGAGUCUUCCUGUUUGAUUUCAAAGGAAAACACAAUGUACAUUUAUUACAGCGUUUAGGACCUUUGAGAAACUUAUGCUCUGUGUGCUGGCUCAGGGCUUUUGAAACAGGUCAUUAGCAUGCACAUUAGGAAGUAGAAGGCAUGAGAUACAUUCAGUUCUUCAUUGCUCCAAGAAAGCUUUUCCUGAGAUCCAGGUGGGAACUUGAAUGUGGAAAUGGAAGGGGAGAGGGAGUCGGGGCACGCUGCUCUGGCAGGUGUGAGCAGUCUGGAGGCCAUGCCGAGGGAGCGGCUUUUGUUCAUCAGUACCCUCUGCAAUGGCAGAGAUAGGAAGCUAGGAGUUCCUGCCAGGUGAGCUGCUCUUGCCUGGGCCAGGGGAGCUUCUGACUUUAAGAACUGGUUUGUUCACAUUAUUUGCAGCACACACAAGAGCUGUGAAGUGCUAACCUUCGCGUAUUAGAAACCUCCCCAAAUCCAGACCAAACUAAUGGCUACGAUGAGUGUUUUCUCGGUUUUGUGGAAGUGCUUAGAUCCCAGAAUAGAUCAAGCCAUCUUUCCCUAGUCCUCUGGAAUAUAAGUCAGCAGCAUGAAACAGUGAAAUUUUUGAGACCUUCCCAUCUUCAAGUGUGGCUAACAUGUUUACUCUGCUUCUCUGGCCCCUGCCGCUUUAUUUACACCACCGUUACUUUCUGUACAGGGAAGGAAGAUGCAUCCAGUCUGAUGUGAUACCCUGAUUCCCCCAAAUAUAAAUAUAUAUAAACAUACAGAAUGUAUUAAUGCUUCUCUUGAUGUUUUGUAGAAAUUAACUGACAAAGCUCUGUUGAUAACGAGAAACUUUCUGUAAUAUAGCUGUAAUGUCUUUUUCCAUUUUCUUGUGAUAUGGAAUGCAUUGGCUAGGAUCAUGAGAGAAUUGUAUAAAUCUGUGGUUAUGUAUCCCUCAUAACAGUAUUCUUUAAUGGGAUAACAGACCUCAGUGCACAGCUACCACUCAAGAAAUGUACAAGACAGUUAGAAUCCACAUUUACAGCCAGAUAUAUCUUGUAAACUUAAAAUCUGGUUAAUUUUUUAAGCAUAGGAGUGGCUGCAGCCAUUUUAGGUUAACUGUACUUGGUUUCUAAGCUCUGUCUUCUCUCCAUUACAUUUAUGGCUCCUUAAACUGACUGCCUAACCAACCAAGGGCACUUCCCAUCCAUCCAUCACAUGGGUUGUGAGAGGGAUGCAGCUAUGGUCUGUAGCCUCUCUCUUGAAGGAUUAUCUGGCCAUGGUGCCUGAGUGCUUCAUAAUUUGCUGUCAUUCCUGGUGAGACAAGUGUGUCUUUAAAAACAGUCCCUUUGGCAGGUCACUGGGGUAUAAUGUACAACAUUCUGAGCCAUCCAUUUUUUCUUUCUCUCUUUUCUUCCACCUCCCGCCCCCGAGGGACUCCCAGUGGCAUCUAUAGAGGACUAAAGAGAAGAGCUGUUUCCUCAUUGAGCAAGACUGUUCACAGUUCAUGGUGUAUUUUAUGAUGGCUUGUUUGGGAGUUGAUACUUUGAACAGUCUCAACUGUGUUGUGGGAUCUCUUGAUGCUGAUUUUUGAUCUUUUGUUUUAUUAAAACUAAUUAGUGAAAGAGGUGUCCUGGUUCUGAAAUUUGUAGCACGUGAGCUUGAGAUUAUGUAAUAAUCCACUCUUUGGGUUCCCUGGCUAUUGGCUCAUGACAAAACAAUGAAAAUAAACACGAGUGAAUCUCUAGGCACCGAGGUUAGAGAUCACGUUACCCCUCACUCAUGUCUCUUCUGCAUUCCUAAAGUGAUGGAAUCCCUUCUAUAACUCUUUUAUUCUUUCAUACAUAGACUUCGAAUGAUGUGGCCCAGGUACCAUGUGCUACGACUGUAUAGUAAGGCCUAGGAUGAUGCUGUCUCUUUUUGUGGACUAAACCUUCUAGUUGAACCGGGCUCUUUCAAAUUUGCUCUAUUGAAGGCCCCUCUCAGUUAUAAACAUGAACAUCUUUGCUUUUCUUUGAUGUAGAGCAUGCUGGGAAAUAUAUUUGCUGGAUACAUAA